GAAAAAGAAAAAAAAGAUCAACGAGGCAUCCGCGUUCCCCACACACUCCAACCAGAACCGCCGCCGCUCUCACCGGCGAGCGGCGACUCGCCCGGUCGUCCCUCACCACUGGGCGUGGUGGACGCAGGAGAAGACACAGGAUGAGGGCUGUGGUGCAGCGCGUCCUCUCGGCGAGUGUCGAGGUCGAUGGGCGAAUAGUGUCGGCGAUCGGCCCUGGACUCCUCGUCCUAGUCGGCGUCCACGAAGCAGACACCGACGCCGACGCCGACUACAUUUGUCGGAAGGUCCUGAACAUGAGGCUGUUUCCAAACGACAAGACUGAAAAAGCAUGGGAUCGAAGUGUUAUGCAGCGUAACUUUGAGGUGCUAUUAGUCAGUCAGUUCACCUUAUAUGGCAUCCUGAAGGGUAAUAAGCCAGAUUUUCAUGUGGCUAUGCCACCUGCAAAAGCGAAACCAUUCUAUGCUUCUCUAGUUGAGAAAUUUCGAGGGUCAUACUUGGCUGAUUCAGUGAAAGAUGGUGUUUUUGGAGCGAUGAUGAAGGUUUCUUUGGUGAAUGAUGGCCCUGUAACAAUGCAAAUCGACUCACCCUCACUACAAGGUGCUGCUCAGUCGAGCAAUGGUGAUGAUGAUUUGGUUAAAGAUGGUGAAGCAAGAGUACCUAAAGAGGCGUGUUAAAAUUCUGGGCGCCUGCUGGCCAAGCUGGAUUUGAAAGCCCUCCCGCUGUGCAAUUGGUAUGAGUUUUGCGUCCAUCUGGCACGUUGAUGACAAAGGAAAUAUCAGAAUUGAAGUUGGCAUUAUUCAUGUGAUUUGCCAUUAAAUUUUGGCAGUCAGUUACAGCAUUGCUUCAGUCUGUGGAAGCAUAGCCUUUUGCACAAAUGACAGAGCCAGCACGGUUUUUAGACUAUGAGCCUGUUCGCUUGUUUUGAAAAGCCAUGACUGAACAGUAUUGUUCGCUAAUUUAUUGUGAGAGAAAAACACUGCUAAAUAACUGGCAUAUUCGGUAGAUAAAAUCAAAUGAACAGGGCCAUAUAUUUGUUAUCUUAUUCAUUUUCUUCUAUGGGAUAAUGCUCUUAUUAAUAUGAGAGCUAUACAUGAGCUUGUCGCUGCUUAACAAUGUAAUUUCUAGGGUCUUAUUACUGAUGGCAUUCCUGUUUCCUUGAA